UCAAAAUCCAGCAAUUUCCCCCAUUUUUCAAAGAAUUUCUGUUGAAUUCAAUGGAAAAUACAAAGAUCAUCAAGUUUUUGAAUCUAAAAAUAGAACACACAACAAAAAAAAAACAAAUUAAUUAAACUGUGUUCGGUUCGCGUGAACCGACCGUCAACUUGGAAAGUGAAAGUAAAAGUUCAGAAUAAUUUAUUUCGGAAUUUGAAGUAAAAAAACUUCAUCAAGAUGGCUGCGAAUAAUUAUAAUAUGGAUGUCGAAACGCAACGUCGAAUUGAAUACACACGACAGAAAGUGAUGAGAAUCGAGCAAAUGAAUGAGCAACUUCGGAAGUUGAGCAAGUCGAAUAAGGGUCGCGAGGAGAAGUUGGACAGACUUUUGAAACGAAAGGAAUCCUUGGAACUGGACGUUGCAAGAUUGACUGACGCGUCGAUGAGAGCUGAGCCAGAGGUCGGAGCGGAGCUUCUUCAUUCUAUCGAAGAGCCCAUGGAAGUUGAUAUGAUCUACGGUGAAGCAUUCCACGCAAAGACUUGUCAACUGAAAGUCCUUCUCAACGAGAUAAUUGUUCGAACAAGCUUCAACGAGAAAGCAAUGUGUAAAGAGAUUGGACAUCAGGAAGCUGAAUUCGAGAAUCGAUUGAAGGAGGUGAUCAGUGGAAGAGCUCAAUUGACGCUGAAAUCUGAAGAAGCUCAGAAGAAAUGUGAAUUGUUGAUGAGAGAGCAUUCGAAUGUUUAUGAAGAUGUUCGAGAGAUGGAGGAUAAUAUUGAGAAGUUUGAUGCAUCGAGAUGGUUGUUGAAUGUGGAGAAAAGACGAGUCUCUGAUAUUCUGGAUCGCACCAAAAGAGAGCCGAAAAUGGGAAUUGAGUGCCGCAAGCCAUACAUUGUGUCUUCGGAAGCUUCUUCACUUGAAGACCUUGUCACAUCAACUGGAAGUCUCACUCACGAUCAUUUUACUCCGGAACAUCAAUUCAAAACUGGCACAGCUCCGAUUCCUACUGUAGUUUUUGAUGAUGUUGAAGAGAUUGGAAAAGUGGUGAAGGUUCAUAAGGAAGGAUGCCCGAAGAACAAGAAGAAGAAUUUGGGCCCGAUUGAGCAUUCAAACUCGUUGAUUUCGGUUAAACAGCCGUGCAAGGUUCAUGCGAAUCAGCUUCCGAUUAGUGGAAUUAACUUGAUGGAUUUGAUCUCGAAGGCUAUUGAGAAAGAGCUUUCAUCUCUUUAAUUUAAACUUAUUAACUUAUUGUAUUGAAAUGAAUAUGUUUUAGAGGAUACAUUUUUAGAAAUAAAUAUGUCGUGUAC